AUGAUCAAACUGAAGUCCAGAGAGAGAGUCAAAGCCAAGGACAUGGGGGAGGGAUCGCUCCUGAGCCGACGCAGAAGUCGAAGUGAGACAUGCAGCAGAAGUCCUUCUCAGAGUGAGACAGUAGGAAGACAAGUCACUCCAGCCUUAACGUACACUUAUAGACUCAGGCCCAGAGCCCCAGCUCCACAUAGGCAGGCUGAGCUUGAGAGAGAAGCUGCUGCCAUUAGAGAGAGAGGGAGGAAGAGAAAAGAGGAAACCCUGAGAGGACAGAACGAAGUCAAGGAGGAAGAGGAAGAGGAAGACGAGGAGGAGGAAAAUGAGAGCGCAGUUCUUUCCUGCUCGGGACUGAAGGGAGGGAGAGGAGGGUUGGUGAACAAUGGUAAGGGACUAAACCUGAGAUGGCGUGAUGAUAACACCAAACGGAAGAGAAGAAAGAGGGCCAGAGAGGAGGAGGAGAGCAGUGAGGAGUUGGUGGAGAGGGUGUGGUCCAGGGAGGGCUGGAAGAGGAAUAAGAACAAUAGAAACACUAGUCCAGAGAUACCCAUCGUUGUUCACUAUCUAACCCGACUAAGGAGAGGCCAGUUGAAGAACCCACUACACAACUAUAGAGGAUCAUCCUCUUCUUCUUCAUCCUCAGACUCUAGUAUCUUUAAUCUUGGACCCAACCCCAGUAGCUUUGAGGCUCUCUUCACACUGGGGAGCAUGCUGGGUAAAGGAGGAUGUGGGGCGGUCUACGCCGCCAUGCGCAAAAGUGACGGCCAACAGGUGGCCAUAAAGUAUGUGAACAGAGGAAUGGCCGAGCCAUACGUAAAGCUUCCCGGAGAGAGGAGUGCCUUGCCCCUGGAGGUGGCCCUGAUGCAGAUCGUCUCACGGCCCCCGUCCUGCUGCUACGUGCUGGGCCUGCUGGAUUGGUUCGAGGAGGCCGAGCGUUUCAUCCUGGUGCUGGAGAGACCCUAUCCCUGCAUGGACCUGUUUGAUUUCAUCGAGGAGCUGGGAGGCCGGGUGGACGAGUGUCUGGCCAGGAUCAUCAUGAUACAGGUGGUACUGGCUGUUCGGCAUUGCCGCGACCGAGGGGUCCUGCACCGAGACGUCAAGGCCGAGAACCUGCUGGUGCAGACGGACAACCUGCGGGUUAAGCUCAUCGACUUUGGCUGUGGAGACCUUCUGAGAGAAUCCUCCUACAGAGACUACUCAGGCACAGAGGAGUACUGUCCUCCAGAGUGGGUGCUGAGCGGUGUGUACCAGGGCCGCCACGCCACCAUCUGGUCACUGGGGGUACUGCUCUACGGCCUGGUGUGUGGCCGUCUGCCCUUCAACAAGGAGGCUGACAUCAUUGCUGGGCGCCUGCGCUUCAAAAAGGGCCUGACUAAAGAGUGUAAGGCGUUGAUCAACUGCUGUCUGCAGCAGGACCCCACCAAGAGGCCUGUUCUAGAGCAGAUCCUCCUUCAUGACUGGAUGGCAGACGGACCGGUGAUCUAGGACGAACUUCAUGAGACUGGGUGAUCUACCACCUGGGUCAGUUGUGGCGGCUCGCAGGUUACCAUGACAACAACG